AUGGACCCCACUGGCCCUCUGGGGCUGCUGAUUGUGCCGCUGUUCCUCCUGGGGACUGCACUGCGGGGUGCUGCCCGGGCACCAGCAGGCAGUAACGCGGAGAUUUGCCUCCUGCCUCCGGACGAGGGACCCUGUCGAGCCCUAAUCCCCAGUUACUACUACGACAGGUACACGCAGAGCUGCCACCAGUUCAUGUAUGGGGGCUGCGAGGGCAACGCCAACAAUUUCGAAACUUGGGAGGCCUGUGAUAAAGCUUGCUGGAGGAUAGAGAAAGUUCCCAAAAUAUGCCGCUUGGAAGUCAACGAGAAACGUUGUGAAGAGUCCAGAGAAGAGUAUUUCUUCAACCUAAGUUCCAUGGCAUGUGAAAAACUCAGCUCUGGCUGGUGUCACAGCAGUGAGAACCGGUUUCCAGAUGAAGCUACUUGUGUGGGGUUCUCCUUGAAGAAGGAAAAGAGGAAGAAGAUACAAAAGGUACUCUUUGCCAACAGACGCCUGAAAAUUCGGAAGAAGGAAUUUUAA